AUGGCCGGCUUCCUCAACAAGAUCAAGAGCGCCAGUUCGGUCUCUCCGAUCUUGUCGACCAAGGAUGCGCAGCCCAAGAAAAAGGACGAGUCCCUCUUCGAGGUCACCCCGCUGGAACGGAUGCUCCAGCAUGCCGGGCCGUUGCGCGAGGAUGGCAGUGACAGAUUCUUUGGGUUUGAAAAUGCUCUCUUCUAUUCCGACCUCUUCCGCGACAAUGUUAUCAAAUACCCCCCGCACUCCCCGUCCGACACCCCCAACGGCAUCCGUCCCAAGGUCAACGUCACCAUCAGACCCCUGAUGAACCCGACUCCCCCGACCUUACAACAGAAACAAAAGACCCUCCCGGCCUCCCAGGCCAUGAAGCAGCGACAGGUCAUCAGCCCGGGUCAGCCCAUGUCCGGUCAAACCGGGAUCAAGCCCGAGGACAAGCCUGAUACGCCCGAGUACAAAAAGAAGCAGGCAAUGCUCAAAGGGCCCAUCUUGGAGUUGGCGCAGGAGAAUGCCGUGGCGUACGGCAUGGAUGAGUGUACCUUUACGGGGCUCAAGGACAUAUUUCUGGCUUUGAUGGACAGCAAAACGCGGACGGGCGUCCUCAGCCCCCAGCGCUUCCUCGAGAUCUUCAAGCGCGACAAUGAAAUGUUUCGCAAUUCGAUGCAUCAAGACGCCCACGAGUUCUACGGCCUUGUACUCAACGACGUCAUCGCCAACGUCGAAGCCAAGGCUCGCAAGACACACGAGCAGGAGGCGGCCAACAAGCCCAACGGCCUUGCGCAGUCGGUGGGACACGCGUUGGGCUCCACCGUGGCCAACAACACAAACGGCUACCGCUCCCCGGGCACCGGUUGGGUCCACGACAUUUUCGAGGGCGUCUUGACCUCGGAGACAAAAUGCUUGACGUGCGAGACGGCGUCGCAGCGAGACGAGACAUUCCUCGAUCUUUCCAUCGAUCUCGAGGAGCACUCGUCCGUCACGUCGUGCCUGCGCAAGUUUUCUGCCGAAGAGAUGCUCUGCGAGCGUAACAAGUUCCAUUGCGACCAUUGCGGAGGGCUGCAGGAAGCAGAGAAGCGUAUGAAGGUCAAGCGGUUGCCCAAGGUGCUCACGCUGCAUCUGAAGCGGUUCAAGUACACGGACGACUACAGCCGCCUGCAGAAGCUCUUUCACCGCGUCGUGUACCCCUAUCACCUGCGCAUGUUCAACACCACCGAGGACGCCGAGGAUCCGGACCGCCUGUACGAGCUGUACGCGGUUGUCGUGCACAUCGGCGGAAACGUCUACCAUGGUCAUUACGUGUCGAUAAUCAAGACCAAGGACCGAGGCUGGGUGUUAUUUGACGACGAGAUGGUUGAGCCUGUCGACAAACACUUUGUGCGCAACUUUUUCGGGGACAAGCCCGGCAUGGCUACGGCGUACGUUCUUUUUUACCAGGAGACGACCUUUGAGAAGGUGAGGGAAGAGCAGGAGAGGGAAGGGAUGGAGGAGGUCAAGCUGGCGACCCAGGCUGCACACGUGGCGCACGAGGACGGCGACAAGGCAGACACGGCUCCGUUAAAGCGACAGACGACGCAGCCGACUCCUCUGACACUCGAGCGAGAGUCCAUGUCCAGGUUGUCACAUGCCAGAACGGCACCUGACAUGCCCAGUCCGCCGCCGGACGCCAAGACCAAGGAGGAAAAGAAGCGAGAAAAGAAGGAGCGCGAGGCGGCGGAAAAGGCGGCGAAGCAUGCAGAGAAAGAGAGGGGAAGGCAGGCCAAGGAGGCGGAGAGGGAGAAGGAAAAGCAAGCCAAGGAGGCGGAGAAGGAGAGGGGAAAACAAGCCAAGGAGGCGGAGAGGGAGAGGGAGAGACAAGCCAAGGAAGAAGAUAAGAGGAGAAAAGAUGAGAAACUUGGGGGGUCCCAGGCUCGCAGGAGCGAGCAAGAUGAGCCGCAGAGCUCACACGACGAAGGCAAACGGACGGAGGCCAAGGAGGAGGAGCCGAAAAAGAAGGAGCCGAAUGGCUCGGGGUCCAUGAGCAGCCUCCUCGACAGGUCCAAGAGGGGUAGCAAGUCCAUGUCGAAACGGAGCUUCAGCUUCUUCCACAAAGACAAGGGAAUCAGCGACACGGCUUCCGGAGGGCACGAAAAUGGCGAUGCGCCGGAGAAGCAAGAGAAGACCAAGGGCCGCCUCAGCAUCGGACUGGGCCGCAAGAAGAGCGGCAACUUGCUGUCGUGA